UCUUAAAUCUGUUUUUUUGCGAGUAGCUUCACACAGUCAUACUCUCUCUCUCUCUCUCUUCCCCAAUAACACACUCUCUGAAACACGCAGAGUAUGGAGCUGCGAGAAUCCAUCCUCAAUCAAACUGACGUUUACCUUAUGCUGGCGAAGCACGUCAUCUCCGCCCACGCCAAAGACGCCAACCUCGUAUUCUCUCCCUUGUCGAUUCACGUGAAUCACGUCGUCUUGGGCUUGAUUGCGGCCGGCUCGGACGGCCCGACCCGGCUCCAGCUCCUUAGUUUUUUAAGAAGAGAAUCUACUGAGGAACUGGACUUGCUCUCCUCGCUCUCCUCGCAGCUGUUGGCCGACGGCAGCCCCCUUGGUGGGCCCCUUUUGUCAUUCGCCAACGGCGUUUGGGUUGAUCGCAGCGUUAGCUUGAAGCCCGCUUUCAAGGAUAUUCUUGACAAUUCUUACAGGGCUGCUUCAAUUCAUGCUGAUUUUCAGAAUCAGGCUGUUGAAGUAACAAAAGAAGUGAAUGCAUGGGCUGACAAGGAAACAAAUGGCCUAAUCAAACAAGUACUUCCAUCUGGUUCUAUCGAUGCUUCUACCAGGCUUAUCCUCGCAAAUGCAGUGUAUUUCAAAGGAGUCUGGAAUGAAAAAUUUGAUGCAUCUGAAACAAAAGAUCACGAGUUUUUCCUCUUGAAUGGAAGCUCAGUUAAAGCACCCUUCAUGACCAGCAAGAAGAAGCAAUAUCUUCGUGCUUUCAAUGGCUUCAAAGUUUUGGGGCUGCCAUACAAACAAGGUGAAGACAAGCGUAGGUUCUCAAUGUACAUCUUUCUUCCUGAAGCCAAAGAUGGUCUGCCGGCUUUGAUAGAAAAAGCCGGCUCGGAAUCUAGAUUCAUUGAACAUCACCUCCCACACGAACAAGUUAAAGUUGGUGAUUUCUUGAUUCCAAAGUUCAAAAUAGCUUUUGAUUUUGAGGCUUCUGGAGUUCUCAAGGGGCUGGGGUUGGUGCUUCCUUUUUCUGAAGGUGGUCUCACUGAGAUGGUAGACUCUAGUACGGGCCAGAAUCUCUAUGUUUCGGACGUAUUCCACAAGUCGGUAAUCGAGGUGAACGAGGAAGGCACAGAAGCUGCAGCGGCAACUGUUGCUGUAGUAAGAUAUGGGGCUGCUCUGCGGAGAGAGGAGGAUAAAGUGGAUUUCGUGGCUGAUCACCCAUUUCUAUUUGUUCUAAGGGAAGAUAUGACAGGGGUUGUGCUCUUCAUCGGUCAACUACUUAAUCCACUUGCUGGUUCAAGUAAAAGGAACAUAGCAAAUACCAACUGAUGAUCCCUUUGGCCUAAUCAACUACUUACUUCAUCCACUUGCUGGUAGAAGUAAAAUACCAACUAAUGAUGCCUUUGGCCUAAUAUCUUUAAUGUUGUUAUGCCCAAGGCUAUUAUGGUCGCCUUGGCCUUACGUUUGAGUCUCUUAAUGUUGGAGUUUUCAGGCUGAUGAUUAGUCCGAAAUUCGGGAAAUAUUUUUAUCUUUUUUUGUUUGUGUUCUUGGUUUUUUCUGUUUAGAGAGCUUAAAUAAUUUGAUAUGUGCUACUCAUGUGUGAGUAUGAGACUGCAUAUUGAGCUUAAAUGAUUUGAUUCCAAUAAUAUGCAUGUAUGAGACUGCAUAUGCGAUGAAAGCUUUAAUGAUU